AUGUACUUCUCCCUCCUCAAAUUCGCCCUCCUUGACCUCGGUGCCAUCUCCACCACUAUGCCUAAGUCCAUGUCCAAUUCCCUGAGGGACACCAGGGAUAUCUCCUGUGCAGGAUGUGUUGUCCAGUUCUUCUUUUUAGCAUUCCUGCUUGCUGCAGAGUAUUUUCUCCUCACCACCAUGUCCUACGAUCGCUACGUUGCCAUCUGCAGACCCCUGCACUAUGAGACCCUCCCGAGCAGCAGAGUUUGUGUCCACAUGGCAGCAGCUGCCUGGGCCUCUGGGAUUCUCAAGCUCUCCUGCUCCACAUCCAACCUCAGGGAACUUUGGCUUCUUGUGGUCACUGCCUGUUUAGCAUUUGUCUGUUUUGUGUUCAUUGUGGUGUCCUAUGUGCAGAUCUUCAGGGUAGUGCUGAGGAUCCCCUCUCAGCAGGGACGUCACAAAGCCUUUGCCACCUGCCUGCCUCACCUGGCUGUGCUCUCCCUGUUUGUCACCACUGGCAUCUUUGCCCACCUGAAGCCCUCCUCCAUCUCCUCUCCAUCCCUGGAUCUCUUGUUGGCAGUUCUGCACUCAGUGGUGCCUCGAGCAGUGAACCCUCUCAUCUACAGCCUGAGGAACCAGGAGCUGAAGGCUGCCCUGAGCAAA